CGCUGAUUGGCCCUGAUGCUUCCGGAACAUUUUCCGCGCUGCCGACCCACUGGGGACGAACGAGACUCUGAUUGGUCGAGGAGCGGAGGGGCGUGUCUGAGCGAUCUAUGCCAGGGGCGCGGGUUCCCGCGCGGUAGCGGAGCGGGAUCGGGACCGCGACCGGGUCGAGCCGAGCCGCGCUCUGUGCUGCGUGGUGACAUCGGACUCAGCAGGAGGAUGGAAAACUCAAUGCAGAGCGACGGGGGCCUCCUCAGUGCGGAGCUCUGGGCCUCCCAUAACAGGGUGAUGCUAGAGCCGCUCGAGAGCAAUGACCCAGAGGUGCACAGCAUCAUCAAGAAGGAGAAGCAGCGGCAGAGGCUGGGGCUGGAGUUAAUUGCAUCGGAGAACUUUGCGAGCCGAGCAGUCCUGGAGGCCCUGGGAUCCUGCAUGAACAACAAAUACUCCGAGGGUUACCCAGGACAGAGGUACUACGGUGGGACAGAGUUCAUAGACGAACUGGAAAGGCUGUGCCAGAAGCGAGCCCUGCAGGCAUACGGGCUCGACCCUCAGAAGUGGGGUGUCAAUGUCCAGCCCUACUCAGGGUCACCGGCAAACUUUGCGGUGUACACAGCUCUGGUGGAGCCCCAUGGCAGGAUCAUGGGGCUGGACCUGCCCGACGGAGGCCACCUCACCCAUGGGUUCAUGACAGACAAGAAGAAGAUCUCUGCCACCUCUGUCUUCUUCGAGUCCAUGCCCUACAAGGUCAACCCCAAGACCGGUUACAUUGACUAUGACCGGCUGGAGGAGAACGCUCGCCUCUUCCACCCCAAGCUGAUCAUAGCAGGUGUCAGCUGCUACUCGCGCAACCUGGACUAUGCCCGCAUGCGGAAGAUCGCCGACGCCAACAGUGCCUAUCUGCUGGCUGACAUGGCCCACAUCAGUGGGCUGGUGGCUGCCGGUGUCGUGCCGUCCCCCUUUGACCACUGCGAUGUUGUCUCCACCACCACCCACAAGACCUUGCGGGGCUGCAGGGCCGGCAUGAUCUUCUACCGCAAAGGCACCCGCAGCGUGGACCCCAAGACGGGCAAGGAAACACUCUACAACCUGGAGAGCCUCAUCAACCAGGCGGUUUUCCCUGGGCUGCAGGGAGGCCCGCACAACCACGCCAUCGCAGGGAUCGCCGUGGCGCUGCGCCAGGCCAUGACGCCCGAGUUCAAGGCUUACCAGCAGCAGGUGGUGGCCAACUGCAAAGCGCUCUCGGCCGCGCUGAUUGAGCUGGGCUACGACAUCGUCACGGGGGGCUCUGACAACCACAUGAUUCUCCUGGACCUGCGCAGCAGAGGCACGGAUGGUGGCCGGGCCGAGCGGGUGCUGGAGAUCUGCUCCAUCGCCUGCAACAAGAACACAUGCCCUGGUGAUGUCAGUGCCCUGCGCCCCAGCGGCCUGCGGUUUGGGACACCAGCUCUCACCUCCCGCGGCUUUCGGCAGGACGAUUUCCGCAUGGUGGCUCAGUACAUCCACAGAGGGAUCGAGCUGACACUGCGCGUGCAGAAGGACAUGAGCCCCAAGGCCACGCUGAAGGAAUUCAAGGAGAAACUGGAGGAGGAGAAAUACCAGAGGGAGCUGAAAGCACUGAAGGAAGAGGUCGAAGCCUUCGCAGGGACCUUCCCGCUCCCAGGGCUGCCCGUGCUGUGACGGGAGGCACCGGCACUGCAGCCACGACCAUGCCUGGGAUUACCACAUGCUCGCACCCCCAAACCAAGAGCAGCACCCCAGUGCCUCCUCCCAGCACAUCCCAGCUGGCACUGGCUGCAGCAGCUCCUUCCUCACCUCUUCCCUCCCGUCUGGGGCACAGGAGCCUCUGAGCGCAGCCUCUGCGGGGAUAACAGCCUCGUCACCGCUCAGCAGUCGGGACCCAGCACUGGGUGACCCGCAGCCUCACGGCCGCAUUUGAUCUUGUGCCUUCACCUGACACCCCAGCCCAAAGCAUGGGGGUCCAAGAGACUUCACAGCUAUAACAGCUGGUUUUCUGCCUCAACUAUUUCCUUUUGUGCCUUCCAGGCUCCCCAGGCUGUGACAAGGCCAAGCCUUGUCCCAAACCCACCCGGAACAGCCCUCCCGGGAUCACUGUCCCGUCCAUCACCAGUGUCUCUGGUAUUUUCUCAGACCUCUGCGCACAAAUCUUAGGUAGAACCAUUUUUUAAUAAGCACGGUAAAAUUAAGAAUUUAACCACAAUGUAUGACAAGAAUUAUACGCUUUAAAAAAUACAACCAAUUUUUUUUUUUUUUUUGUAUUUCAAAAAUAUCUGAACCCAAAUAAAUAAUUUUUUUUUUUAAAAG